AUGGCGGCCAACGGCAACGGGCGCGUCGGAGGGACGGGAAGGCACGGGCUGCCCAAGAUUCAUACGGAGAAGAAGGACCACGAAAUCUGCAUCGACGACAGCACCCCACCUGUUAGAGCCCAGACUAUCGACGAGCUCCACUCUCUUCAGAAGAAGAAAUCAGCGCCUUCUACGCCCAUUAAAGGGAUUCCCGGCGCUACUCUAGAGGAGGAGCGCAGCAAGCAGCAGCUCCAGUCUAUCAGCGCGUCAUUGGCAUCGCUGACGAGAGAGAGCGGACCCAAAGUGGUGAGGGGAGAUCCGGCGAAGCCGUCGGAAACGCCGCGGAUCGUGAGCCAGAGCCAGAGCCACGCCAGCCCCACCAUUGGCGUCAGCGACAGUUCGCUCAAGUUUACUCAUGUCCUCUACAACCUCUCGCCGGCGGAGCUAUACGAGCAGGCCAUUAAGUACGAGAAAGGAUCCUUCAUUACUUCCAGCGGCGCCAUAGCCACGCUCUCCGGCGCCAAGACCGGCCGUUCCCCGAAGGACAAACGCGUCGUGAGAGAUGAAACGACUGAGGAUGAUCUUUGGUGGGGAAAGGGUUCUCCAAAUAUUGAGAUGGACGAGCACACUUUCAUGGUUAACAGAGAAAGAGCUGUGGAUUACUUGAACUCCUUGGACAAGGUGUUUGUUAACGAUCAAUUCCUGAACUGGGACCCUCAGCAUCGCAUCAAAGUCCGGAUCGUCUCGGCCAGGGCGUACCAUUCUCUGUUCAUGCAUAACAUGUGUAUCCGGCCAACUCCCGAGGAGCUGGAGAACUUCGGUACUCCCGACUUCACGAUCUACAAUGCGGGUCAGUUCCCGUGCAACCGGUACACCCACUACAUGACAUCCUCUACCAGCAUAGACCUAAACCUGGGGAGACGUGAAAUGGUCAUACUCGGCACUCAGUAUGCUGGUGAGAUGAAGAAGGGCCUUUUUAGCGUCAUGCACUACCUAAUGCCCAAGCGCCAGAUCCUAUCCCUCCACUCUGGCUGCAACAUGGGCAAAAACGGGGACGUUGCUCUUUUCUUUGGAUUAUCUGGCACUGGGAAGACCACAUUGUCUACCGAUCACAACCGGUUCUUGAUUGGAGAUGACGAGCACUGCUGGAGCGAAAAUGGUGUUUCGAACAUUGAGGGCGGAUGUUAUGCCAAGUGCAUUGAUUUGUCUAGGGAGAAAGAGCCUGAUAUUUGGAACGCCAUAAAGUUCGGGACCGUGUUGGAGAAUGUGGUGUUUGAUGAGCACACAAGAGAAGUGGACUACUCGGAUAAAUCCGUCACAGAGAACACUCGAGCGGCCUAUCCGAUUGAAUACAUCCCCAAUGCGAAGAUCCCAUGUGUGGGCCCACACCCGAAGAAUGUGAUUCUACUGGCUUGUGAUGCUUUUGGAGUGCUCCCGCCUGUGAGCAAGCUGAGUCUUGCACAGACAAUGUACCACUUCAUCAGUGGCUACACUGCUCUGGUUGCUGGUACGGAGGAUGGAAUUAAGGAGCCACAAGCGACGUUCUCGGCUUGCUUUGGGGCAGCCUUUAUAAUGUUGCAUCCCACAAAAUAUGCAGCCAUGUUGGCUGCUAAGAUGCAAAAGCACGGUGCCACUGGGUGGCUAGUCAACACCGGCUGGUCUGGUGGAAGGUAUGGGUCCGGGAGCCGCAUCAAGCUGGCAUACACUAGGAAAAUAAUUGAUGCUAUUCACUCGGGCAGCCUAUUAAACGCAAAAUAUAAGAAGACUGAGGUGUUCGGGCUCGAGAUCCCGACUGAGGUUGAGGGUGUGCCUUCUGAAAUAUUGGAACCUUCCAACACCUGGUCGGAUAAGAAUGCUUACACGGAGACGCUGCUGAAACUGGCCGGGCUGUUCAAGAACAACUUUGAAGGCUUCGUGGCUCACAAGAUUGGAAAGGACGACAAGUUGACUGAUGAAAUCCUUGCAGCUGGUCCGGUUUUCUGA